CUUUUGGAAGAUGCAGCAACUCUGUUCAGGCUUACCUCACCAUUUCUGCUUGCUGUGAGUUUGUGUGGAGCGGAGGCCAAGAGGUAAAGAAGGGAAGGUGCGGGGUGUUAUAUGCUACAAAUGUGGAAAGGAUGUCUGGACUUGGCAGAUUACGUGUGGCUGUCAUUGGGGCAGGUGCAGCAGGACUGUGCGCUGCUCGGCAUAUUCUAUCCCGCCCCGAGGUUUUUGCGCCACCUGUCGUGUAUGAACUGAGCGACCAUGUUGGGGGUACCUGGGUGUAUGAAGAACAGGUGGGCAAAUAUAAGAAUGGCAUGCCAAUCUACAGCAGCAUGUACCGGGAUCUCAGAACUAAUAUUCCAAAAGAGGUGAUGUCAUUUCCUGAUUUUCCCUUUGAAAGCCACCUAUCCUCAUUUGUCCAUCACACAGAGGUCCGAAAGUAUUUGGAGAAAUACUGUGACCAUUUCAAAAUCAGGAAUCACAUCCAGUUUGAGACAACAGUGGAUGCUGUCAAACCAGUGAAGGUAGAAAAUGGAUGGCAUGGCUUGGCUUGGGAUGUCACCACCAGCAAUGCCAUUGAUCCCAGCACUGCAGUCAAGAGGCGCUUUGAUGCCGUCAUGGUGUGCAAUGGACACUUCUUUGACCCUUACAUUCCAUCAAUCCCUGGUCUGGAAAAGUUCACCGGAACUGUGAUGCACAGCCAUACCUAUCGCAGCGCUGAGCCUUUUGCUGGGAAGUCAGUGGUGCUGCUGGGAGCUGGCCUUUCUGGACUGGACAUCGCUCUGGAGCUGUCCAGUGUCAACGCAAAGGUGGUGUUAAGUCACGGCCAGAAGCCCCUGAAAGGCCCCCUUCCUCCUGGUGUGCAGCAGUCGCCCCCGGUGUCUAAAGUCCUUGAUGAUGGAACCCUGGAGUUCGGGGACGGGAAGCAAGCCCGGCCUGAUGUGUUUCUGUUCUGCACUGGGUACAAUUUCACCUUUCCAUUCCUGGACCAGCAAGUAGGCGUGAAGGUGAAGGAUCACCUGGUCAGCCCUCUCUAUAAGUUCCUGAUGCCCCCAGCGUUUCCAUCACUGUUCAUUGUGGGCAUCUGCAGAGCCAUCUGCCCCUUUCCACAUUUCCACAUCCAGACACAGUUCAUCAUGUCUGUGCUGGAUGGUUCUUUCACUCUCCCCUCACAAGAGGAGAUGGAGAAGGACAUAGAGCUUGAUGAAGCUGCUCGCCGCACCAGGGGCAUUGCCACACGACAUAUCUUGAAGCUUGAUUCAGAACAGUGGGCCUACAAUGAUGAGCUGGCUCGUCUUGGUGGGUUUAAGCAACUUCCACCAUACUGGAGCAACCUGUACGAGUCCAACAAGGUGUUCCGCUCCAAGGACAUGCUCAACUACAAGACCUACAACUACAGAGUGCUCAAUGAGAAGGAAUGGAUAGUGCAAGGCCCACAGGGGCAGUCUCUUCCCAAACCAUUACCAUAAAUAUUAUUGUGGCGAUAAGGAGACUAGCUCUUUACAUAAACUUAGAGUACUAUACGAAACCUGGAAAAAUCCAUUGACUUGUCAUAUUUAUUGACAGUGGGUUUUGAUAAUUAAUUCUGGUAUUACUGUAUUUAGGGAUGGGCAAAAAUACAUCAAAAUUGAUUU